AAUGAACAAAUCCAACUCUUUCAGACUUCCUUGAAAUGGCUAGGGUUCAUCCUCAAUCACUGCUUUCUUCUGCUCACUGCUACUUCACUUCCAAACAAGAAGUUUUUACUAUAUGGAUGAAGUCUCUAGUACUGCAUGGAAAAGGAUGCACUGUGUUUGAUUCAAACGGGGGAAUCGUGUAUCGUGUUGAUAACUAUGACCGCAAAUGUAGCAAUGAAGUUUACCUUAUGGAUUUCAGAGGCAAAGUUCUCUACACCAUACUGAGAAAGAGAUUUAAAUUUUUCUGUUGCUGGGAGGGCUACUGUGCUGCUAAAGAGAUUAAGCAAGGUAAGCCAGGGUUCCGGGUUAGAUCGAAAACAUUUGGAAUUCUAAGAGGAGGUUCUCCAUUUAAGGCGGUUGUGGGGUUGGAUAAAAAUCAACCAUGUCAGAUUAAGAUAGAGAAGAGGACUAGUAGCAAUUCAACAUGCAAGAUAGUAGAUGAAUUGGGGUUGCUUGUUGCAGAGGUAAAGAGAAAAACAUCGAAGUGUGGAGUUGUGUUGGGAGAUGAUGUUUUGACAAUGGUGGUGGAGCCUUAUAUUGAUCACUCUCUCGUCAUGGGACUUCUUGUUGUAUAUGGUCUUAUCAACCACAAAAUGUGA